AUGGCAGCCUUCAAAGAUGAGCUACAGUCAGUCGCUGGCUUCGACCAGAGCAAUGGUCAGAAUCCCAGCACAUCUACCCGCCGAGAGUCGGAGGCCGUGCAUACCCCUCCAAGCCAAGGCCUGGAAGCGCUCAAGGACAUAGUCUAUGGAUCAACAGCUGGAAUACUGGGAAAAUUUGUCGAAUACCCCUUCGAUACGGUCAAAGUUCGACUACAGUCCCAACCGCACGAGGCUGGCGCAGUCCCGCGGCUGCAAGGACCCCUUGAUGCCUUCUCCGCUGCAUUUCGAUCGCCUGAAGGGCCUGUUGUGUCUCUGUAUAGGGGAAUCAGUGCCCCCUUGCUCGGUGCUGCGAUAGAGACGUCCUCGUUGUUCUUCAGCUAUCGAAUCGCCCAGGAUAUCAUUGUGGAGGCAACACCGUCACUGCGCGCGCAACGAGAUCGAAAUCCUCACGGCAAGGUCGAACUCCCCUUCUCCUACCUCGUUGCUUGUGGUGCCGCCUCAGGAGCAUUUACGUCUCUCCUUCUUACACCGAUCGAACUCAUAAAAUGCAAGAUGCAAGUCCCAUUGGCCCCGUCCAACCUCGCCUCACAGCUGGGGUACUCGACGACUCGGCCACCCGGCCCCAUGCAGCUCAUCACCACAAUCUUUCGCACCCAAGGGCUGCUUGGUUUCUGGCAUGGACAGCUGGGCACACUUAUCCGCGAAACAGGUGGCUCGGCCGCGUGGUUCGGCUCUUAUGAGGCUGUUAAAAUGUUGUUCCUCCGCUCGGACCCUACUGUGAAGCAAGUAUCAGACGUCAAAGUGUGGCAGCAGAUGGCGGCGGGAGCAGCGGCAGGGAUGUCUUACAACUUCGUAUUCUACCCCGCCGACACGAUCAAGUCACGCAUGCAGACUUGCAGCACCGAUAUUGUCGCUGGACAGAAGAAACUAACCUUUCUUUCCACUGGUCGAGACUUAUGGCGAGAACAGGGACUCAAGGGAUUCUAUCGAGGCUGCGGCAUCACGGUGUUCCGUGCGGCGCCAAGUUCAGCAAUAAUUUUCAGUAUCUACGAAGCAUUGCGAAAGUAUUUCGGCUGA